UGCCUGAACUGUUGUGGCACGUCUCUGCCGCCCUCUGGCCUAUAUAUCCAUUACAUGUACAUAUGUUGUAACUUGUAUUCAUCGUAUCACAAACUUCCAUAUUAGCUACCCAAGAAGUAUGGAAGGCCGAGGUUUAAGAGCAGGGUUCACCACCCAUGCUCCUCCCCCGCUUCACAUGUCUGAACCAUUGCGGCGGACGGCCUUCAACCGCCUCUUCGCGGUGGUUUACUUCUCUGCCAUUCUGGCUCUAUUCUACCGCCAUGUCCGAAACCUAUUUCUCCACCCCACCACCAUCUUCCUCUCUUUCUCCAUCACCCUGUCUUUGUUUAUCUCUGAUCUCGUUCUUGCUUUCAUGUGGGCUUCGGCGCAAGCUUUCCGGAUGUCACCCAUCCGUCGUAAAGAGUUCCCUCAAAACCUAAAACGAAUCAUCAAAGACAAAGAUUUUGUGGGAUUAGACGUGUUCAUAUGCACGGCCGAUCCUUACAAGGAGCCGCCGAUGAAUGUAGUGAACACGGCAUUGUCAUUGAUGGCUUAUGAUUAUCCGACAGAAAAGAUUUCGAUCUAUGUAUCGGAUGAUGGAGGGUCGGUUUUGACUCUGUUUGCGUUCAUGGAGGCUGCCAAGUUUGCAAGGCAUUGGUUACCAUUUUGCAGGGAACACAAUAUAAUGGAAAGGAGCCCUCAUGUCUAUUUUUAUUCUAAUUACCACCAUCCUUCUAGCCCUCACUUUGACAAGAUUAAGAUGAUGUACGAGGAUAUGAAAGUGAAGGUUGAACAUGUGAUUGAUAAAGGUGAAGUUACUGAUGAAUACAUAACCGAUCAUCAACAACGUCAAGCUUUCAAUAAAUGGACCAAAAGCUUUACUCGUAUGGAUCACCCCACUGUCAUUCAGAUUAUCUUAGACAAGAGCCACGACAAAGAUAUUUCUGGCCGUUUAAUGCCAAAUCUCAUUUACGUCUCCAGAGGAAAAAGCAAGACUUCACCCCACCACUUUAAAGCUGGUGCUCUUAAUGUUCUGUUACGUGUAUCAGCUGUUAUGACAAAUGCGCCAAUAAUCUUAACUCAAGAUUGUGAUAUGUACUCAAAUGAUCCCCAAACACCUCUUCGAAUGCUGUGUUAUUUAUCAGACCCUGCACUAAAAUCAAGCUUAGCAUUCAUUCAGUUUCCCCAAAGAUUUCAUGGCGUUGACAAAGAUGAUAUUUAUGAUAAUGAGUAUAAACUUCCCUUCCAAAUCAAUCCUAUGGGCCUUGAUGGGCUAAAGGGCCCAAGCUAUGUUGGGUCUGGCUGCUUCUUUCGUCGACGAUCAUUAUUUGGAGAUCCAUCAACUCCGGUUUCACCCGAAAUCCCAGAACUUAGCCCAGAACAUGUGGUAAACAAGCCCAUUAAAUCUCAAGAAACUUUGUCAUUGGCACACCAUGUUGCAAGUUGCAACUACGAGAACGAAACCAAAUGGGGUUCUAAGACUGGCUUUAGAUAUGGAUCAUUGGUUGAGGACUUCUACACAUCGUAUAGGCUUCAUUGUGAAGGAUGGAAGAGCUUAUUUUGCAACCCUGAGAGGGCUGCAUUUUUAGGGAAUGUUCCAAUCACCCUUUUUGAUGGUGUUAACCAAUGCAAGAGAUGGUGUAUUGGCUUGUUUGAAGUAGCUUUCUCCAAAUAUAAUCCUCUCACCUUUGGUUCUCAAUAUAUGGGUCUUUUAAUGAGCCUAGGUUACUCUCACUAUGCAUUUUGUUCCUUUUGGUGCAUACCAGUCACCUUCUAUUCUUUCCUCCCUCAACUAACACUUCUCAAUCAAGUUAGCAUCUUCCCAAAGAUAUCGGAACCAUGGUUUUUCCUUUAUGUUUUUCUUUUCCUCGGCUCAUACGGGCAAGAUUUUCUUGAUAUCAUCUUGGUCGGAGGAACUGUCCGAAGGUGGUGGAAUGUUCAAAGGAUGUGGAUGAUAAGGGGACUGACAUGUAACUUAUUUGCUUCAAUUGAGUACUUGUUGAAGUCACUAGGGAUUUCCACAUAUGAUUUUUGCCUUACCAGUAAGGUGGUUGAUGAUGAACAAAGCAAGAGAUAUGGACAAGGCAUUGUUGAGUUUGGGGUCCCAUCUCCAUUGUUUGUGCCAUUAACAGUGGCAGCAAUAAUCAACUUAUUCUCAUUCUUAUCCGGGUUGACUGGAUUUUUUAGCGGCAACAAUAUGGAGGGCCUGGGUUUGCAGAUGAUUUUAACUGGUUUCAUCGUCUUGAAUUACUUACCAGUUUAUGGAGCCAUUGCCUUAAGGAAUGAUGCAGGGAAAAUGCCAACCCAAAUUAUAAUUAUCUCUACAUUUGUGUCAGUGGCUCUUUAUUAUGCCUCUUCACUUUGUUUAUGGAGUAACAACGACUCUUCUAAGCACUAAAAUAAGGCCUUUUCUAGUUAAAUGUUGGAAAUUAGUGUCUUUACUUUGUAUUCUCCUUGGGUUUCAUCAAGGGUUGGGUUACUGCUCUAGCUUGUUUGAAUAAAAUCUUUUGUAAUUCGUGUUAA